GCGGAGUCUCUACAGAAACAUACAGACGGAGGAUCCUGUUCGCACGAGUCAGCCACCUCGCAUGCGACAUUUUACCUGGUGAUUUAUUAGCCAAAUCGCUAGGAAAUACACCGGUUGAGAUUGCUUCAACCAUUCUGUACAAGUAUUUUUGGUCAGUACUGAUAUCUUUAGCAGAAAGCUCCG